AUGGUUAGUUAUUCUCAUUAUUCUGUGCCUAUAUAUUAGACAGUUGGUUGACAUUUGUUAGUAAAUAAAAAAUAAAAUAGGUCAAAAUUUAAAUGUUUGGUAAACGGUUUAAUCUUAAUUAGAGUUUAAUCAAGGUAUAGUCGACUGAAUUUAUAUUCUCUAGUUCUACUGGUCGUUGGAAUUUAACCAUAGUGAAUUUAACAUUAUCUCAAAAUUUGAAAUAAGAUGACUAAAUCAGAAGAAAAACAAAAGCAAGAAGCCUGUGCCUUUCUGAGGGAACGUUAUUUAUAUUUCCUUUCACAAUGUUAUGAUGGAAAAAAGGAAUGCAAAAUACAUAUGUAUGAAAACACUCAAACUCAAGGGACGAUAAAAGCAGUAGAUUCCAAUUUUGAAAAUAUAAUGGUCAAGAAUUUAAAGGCUUAUUAUCCUCCACCAAUUCAGAGUGCAGUUUUAAGAACUAGUGAUAUUAUAACAAUUUCUUUUAGAUAGGCAAUAUUACCUAGAAUAAACAAAAUUUUAUAUUAUUAUUUACAUUUUGAAAUAUAUGAGUUUGACUGGA